GACCGCAAGCCAUCCCGAUCGGCCGGCCCGGGUUCCUUGCGCCUUUUGCUCGAGAAAAUGGCCUUCUAACCGCAGCCUCAUGGCCCGGGCAGCCCCCGUGUAAUAUUCCAAAGCUGGAAACCCAAAGAUGUGAAGAAAAGAACACAGUACCAACCUUGCAGAAAGGUUCAGAGAUCAAAUCUUUGUUCCUUCUUCUUUCAAAAAAAAAAUCUUUGUUCCUUCGUUCUUUACCGCUUUAUGUUGGAUAACCAACUAACCAAGAACCUAAAGAUUUUUUUUUAAAAUGGCUACCACCUGCUAUGUUUCAAUAUUUGUCAUUAAAUCAUUAUUUGACCAGGAUAUAAGUUUAUUUGGUAGGUAUAAAUAUGGCCUGUUGGUUAAGGUGGUGGUUGAAACAAGUUGGUUUCAUCGCUUGAAAAAUAGUAAAAAAAAUAGUGCAAAAAGUGGUCCUCAAAGUUGUGGUUUGGUGUAAUGCAAAAAAAAAAUGUCAAUAGAAAAGAACCGGAUUAGUGGACUUGUAGCUCAGUCCUUUACCUUUGCAGCUCGCAGAAGAAAGACACGUACGCUCUGCCACUUUUGUUGGGUUGGUUUGGUUGCUUGCGUGACCGUGUGUUCGUGUUCCCCCCAUUUGCAUAUAAGCAUGGGCUCGUCACACUUCACAAGCCUUGGCCUUGGCCUUUCCCUCAUCAGCUAAUUGCUUGGACCCUUGCACCAGCUACAAGUUGAGCCAGCAUCCGAGAAGCUACCACUACUAGCUGCUCCGGCUCAGCUCAGCUCAGCUCAAAAGGCGUCGGGGUUUAGUGCACGAGAUGAGCAGCGCGUUGCCCGGGGCAGACUGGGCAACGAGCAGCAGGAGCAGGAGAUGCUGCUGUUAGGAUUGGCCGCGGGCCUCGCCGUCGCCGGGGAGGUCAAGAAGCAGGACGACGGCGGGGCGUCCUCCGGCGGCCAUGGCUCGAGGAUUGGCCCCGCGGUGGUGUUCGUCUUGGUGAUAGUGGCCGUCGUGCUGCUCGUGUCCGGGCUGCUGCAUCUGUUGGUCAGGUGCUUGCGCCGGCGCGGCCGCGCGCGCGAGGGGGCGGAGGGUGGCGCUGACGGGGUGGGCGGCGGCGGGGAGGAGUCGGCGCUGCAGAGGCAGCUGCAGCAGCUGUUCCACCUGCACGACGCCGGGCUGGACCAGGACGUCAUCGACGCGCUCCCGGUGUUCCUGUACCGGGAGGUGGUGGGCGCCGGCGCCAAAGAGCCGUUCGACUGCGCGGUCUGCCUGUGCGAGUUCGCCGGCGAGGACCGGCUCCGGCUGCUGCCGCUGUGCGGGCACGCGUUCCACAUCGACUGCAUCGACACCUGGCUGCUCUCCAACUCCACGUGCCCGCUCUGCCGGUGCGCGCUCGGCGCCGACGCCGCCGCGCUGCUCAGCGCGUUCGGCGACGGCGGCGGGUGGAAGCAGGAGGACGCCGUGCUCCCGGUGCGACUCGGCAAGUUCAAGAACCUGUCCAGGGCGGCGCCCGUCCCCGUCCACGACGGCGCCGGCAUUGUGACCAGGGAGGCCGGCGAGACGAGCAGCAGCAGCCUCGACGCCAGGCGGUGCUACUCCAUGGGCUCCUACCAGUACGUCCUCGCCGAGGCGAGCCUGCAGGUGUCCGUCCACAGGAGGCACGGCGACGGCCAUGCCAGGGCGGGGGCCAGGCUCAGAGGCGCCGGCGCCAACCCCGCCGCCGCGGGCACCGAGGGGAAGAGGAUCGGCGCCGGCAGCAAGGGCGACAGCUUCUCGGUGUCCAAGAUUUGGCAGUGGCCGCGGAACGGCAAGGGGAAGCUGCCCGUGCUCGCGUCCGACGACUCGCCGGCGAUGAACGGCCGGUUGCCGUGGCAGAGGCGGAGCCCCGGGGAUUCGUGACACAGAGAAAACGUGUGUGGUGGUGCGUGCUCCGGACUUGCUUGAGCCGAUUUGGCUCGCCCUUUUAACCGGUGAAUCUGUUCAUAGCCAUUCGUUCCUCUUACAAAAUCGCAUUUGCGUGUGGUGCCGGUGAUCUUAGCUUUCUAGGUGCACGAUGAUCUUUGUGUGUGUCUAUGCGCGGAUUAUACUUUGUUCAUUUGCCAUUCGCCCAGCUACUCUGCUCACGUUUCAGUGACACUUGACACUUAUUUAUUUAUUUAUGGCGAGGACACUGCUGGGGAAGCAGUCAGUAUUAGUUUUAA